AGUUUUUACAUAAAACGCAUGCGCAUUAAUGUGGCCAUCUUGUUCCCGGUUUGUCAUCUACCCGUGUAAAAAUCGUGAAAUUUUGUGAUGUUUUGAGGAUUUGUUACGUCAGAAACCUUUAUUAUUACGUCUGUACGAAGGAAGAGGGAUGUUUUCCGUCAGCGGGCUUCAGCCUCAGCUGAUUGCACCCCUGUCUCAGGUGGUGAAUGUCUUCAACUCUCUGAAGAGUUCGGCAACCUGUCAUACGUCGGCAUGGCAACGACUCCAACAGAAGAAAUGUCAGGAACACAGCGAGUUCACGGUGUCGGAUGCGAGCGUGUCUCAGAUAUUGAAGGAGCUCGGUUUAUCGGGGAUUCCGCCCUCUGUCAUCACCCAGGAGGUCAAUAACCUCUUACCCACAGCCCUCGCACCUCUGUUGGACAGAAAACCCAGCCACUGGCAAACCAGCUAUGUUUCAGCAGAGUCCUUUUUUGAAAAUAAGCAUGGCAUGCCUCCCCGGUUGUUCGAGAGUUAUACCAGAAGAAAUAUGUCCAGCCUGCUGCCAGCUCACAUCAGUAUUCAACCUAGUCUGCCCAUCUCCCCAGUUUUACAGCAGAGACGUGGCUUCAAAACUCGAGCUCAGCGCAGCAAACUCAAAAUGGAGGAAGAGGAAGCAACCGGGGUUCUGUCUGGCAUGAAGUCGACCCUUGCUAAAGAUAAGCCCAUUGACGUGAACAAGAUUGUGAAGGAACACAACAUUAAGGAGGGAAACCGAGAGGCCUUCAAGUUUGGUUUUGCCGAUGGCUACCUGAUGGCACAGGCACAGUCACUCAAAGGAAUUGAUGUGAACAAACUUGCAGCCAGUCGUGUGAAGGGAGGUGGAGACCAAGACGCCUUCAAGAGGGGGUUUGAGGAAGGUUUUCUGAUGUCAAAGGAACAUGUCCCAAAGACAACAACGUGGACCUCAUACUUCAUGCGAGCCCUGGGCAGUACCCUGGUCUUCACCAUCAUCUUCAUCAUCCUCAUCAACCUGUUGGCCAUGAGUUUCACCUCUGAGAUGAGAGGUGGGACCUCUUCUCUGUCAGGCCGGCUGCGUUUUUCUGGCAUGGACACGUCGGUACAGGCAGUAAAGGACAACAACGUGACGUUUGACGACGUGAAGGGGUGCCAGGAGGCGAAGGAGGAGCUACAGGAGGUGGUGAAGUUCCUGAGAGACCCAGACAGAUUCACCAACCUGGGAGGAAAACUACCAAAGGGUGUGUUGCUGGUUGGCCCCCCUGGCACAGGUAAGACCCUGCUAGCGCGCGCCGUGGCAGGGGAGGCAGAUGUACCGUUCUUCUACGCCAGCGGGUCAGAGUUCGACGAGAUGUUUGUGGGAGUGGGAGCCAGCAGAGUACGCAAUCUGUUCGCUGCGGCUAAGAAGAACGCGCCAUGUGUGGUGUUCCUGGAUGAGUUGGACUCGGUGGGGGGGAAGCGAGUGGACUCUCCCGUCCACCCCUACUCCAGAAUGACCAUCAACCAGUUGCUGGCCGAGAUGGACGGCUUCAAGCAGAAUGAGGGGGUCAUCGUCAUGGGAGCUACCAACUUUGUGGAAGUUCUGGACCCGGCACUGACACGUCCAGGCAGGUUUGACACCACCGUAACCGUGCCUCGGCCGGAUGUCAAAGGUCGGCUGGAGAUCCUUAAAUUAUACCUGGGCAAGGUGAAGGUGGACUCAGAUGUGGAUGGGGACAUCCUGGCACGAGGCACGGUGGGUUUUACCGGGGCGGACCUGGAGAACAUGGUGAACCAGGCAGCUCUGCACGCUGCGUCGGUCGGGCAUCAGUUUGUCACCAUGGCUGACCUGGAGUUCGCCAAGGACAAGAUCCUCAUGGGUCCUGAGAGACGGAGUGCACAGAUCGAUGAUAAGAAUAAGAAGAUCACAGCGUACCACGAGGGAGGCCACGCGCUGGUGGCUUACUACACCAAAGAUGCCACACCCAUCAACAAGGCUACUAUCAUGCCCAGGGGGCCAACUUUGGGACAUGUUUCCCUCCUGCCUGAGAAGGACCAGUGGAACGAGACCAAAGCCCAGCUACUGGCCCAGAUGGACAUCUGUAUGGGGGGCAGGGUGGCCGAGGAAAUCAUCUUUGGACCUGAUAAUAUCACUACAGGUGCAUCCAGUGACUUUGAGCAGGCAACCAAGAUUGCAAGAAUGAUGGUGACAAGAUUUGGCAUGAGUGAGAAGGUUGGAGUGAUGGUGUCCAGCGAAAGUGGUCAGAGUCCGGAAAUGAAGGCCAUGAUCGAGACUGAAGUCAGAAGCAUGUUGAAGGUACGUGUAUGUCUGCAGGUCAUAUAACGGGCUGUUGUGUUGGAUGAAAGAUACAUGUUGGCUGCUGUUCUGGAGUAGGUAGAGUGUGUUUUGCAGUCAAAUUUCAUGCAUAUUUAACUGAAAUUGAAUGUGAUUUGUAUAGAAAGGUAGUACGGCCUAAAUCUGGUGAGGCUGUUUCCAAACUUUGGUCAGCUGGUGGUCAGAGGAAGGUUCUGAAUGUGUGACAGGACUGUCUAAACAAAUUCAGAUGCUAUUGUUUCCUGUAGCUGACUUUGUAGUGUUCUCAUGUUGACAGGAGUCGUACAAACGUGCAGAGAAUCUGCUGAAAACCCACGCCCGGGAGCACAAGAUGCUGGCCGAGGCACUGCUGAGAUACGAGACGCUCACCGCAGAUGAGAUCCGAGAAGUCUUGGACGGGAAGCAGCUGGAAAACAGAUGAUCAACAAAGGCUGUCCCCACCCGUUUCUGGUUUGGACUGUUCCAAUGGGGAGAUCCUGUGGAAAGGAUCACGACAUUAUGAAGAUAACCUGUCCCACCUGUACCCAAGGUGGACUAGUCCAGUAUCAGACUUAUUUGGGCAAAAUUAGCAGGAAGCAAUCAUCUAGGGGUGGUACCGAUAGGAUAGAUUGCUCUUGUGAUGGCAGGCAAUUCCCCAACUGUCCUGUCCUUGUAAAGAAAAGUGCUCUUUUGCCAUUAGUACACUUGAAGCUUUCCUCUUUUGUAAGUUUUUAUUUCAGGGACUUUCUUCACUGCAUGUAACCUCAAUGUUAGUUGCUAUCUUAUUGACAUUAAAAGUGG